CAAAUUUCUGUUGGAGUGGGUUUGCAGUGGGAGGACUGCUCGAAGGCCCUCUUCUUAGAGAACCUUGCUUAGUACUGGUGAUUCGGCUCUGGGCUGAAGAAGUUUGGUCACGUCGCCUCACUCCGACUCCGCCAUGGAGGCCGUCACCAGCUCGACGCCGGGUGCCCUGGACUGCUCCGCGGGCAGCCCACUGCUGCUGUUCGUCGCCGGACUGGUGGCCAACAUCACGACCAAGAAGGAGGCGGAGCGGACGCGAAGGCAGCAGGAGGAUUCCAGACCUCUGCCCGAGUACGACUAUGUUGUGGUGGGAGGGGGCUCGUCCGGCUGCGUGCUGGCGUCGCGCCUGUCCGAGGACAAGUCCGUCUCGGUGCUGCUGUUGGAGCGAGGCGGCCACGAGCCGGAGGAAGCCAGAGUCCCGGGCUACACCGUAUUCAACAUUAACAGCGCACUGUCCGAACCGAUAGUUGCCCAGCCGGAGCCGCAGAAUUGCAACAACACAGGCUGCACGCUCAACGUACCGAACGUGCUGGGAGGCGGCAGCACCAUCAACGGCAUGCUGUACGUGCGGGGCAGCAGCGAGGACUACAACGAGUGGGCGAGGAUCACCGGGGACGCGGGCUGGGCGUACCGAAACGUGCUGCGCUACUUCAAGAAGUCCGAGCAAAACCUAAACGCCCCGAUAAAUGAAAACUCGAGGUACCACGGCCGCAACGGACCGCAGAAGGUGUCCUGGCAGCCGUACCGCCACCCCGUGCUGCCGGUCCUGGCGCAGGCCUUCGAGGCCACGGGCGUGCCGGCCCGCCUGGACAUCAACGCCGAGAGCCAGCUGGGCCACUCCGUGGUGCAGACCACGUCGGCCGGCGGCGAGCGCUGGUCGGCGUACCGCAGCUACCUGGAGCCCGUGCUGCACCGGGGCAACCUGCGCGUCGAGACCUUCGCCACCGCCAGCAGGGUGGUGCUGGACGACAAGGCCUGGGGCGGGCUGAGGGCGGUCGGGGUCGAGUACGAGGACCCGCAGGGAAAGGUCCACGUGGUGCGAGCGAGGAAGGAGGUUGUCCUCACUGCUGGGGCACUGCACACUCCGCAACUUCUCAUGCUGUCCGGUAUCGGUCCAUCGAGCCAACUGAAGGCUGCAGGUAUCCCCGUCGUCAAAGAACUUCCCGUGGGCGAGAAGCUGCUGGACCAUCCGGUCGUGUCGAGUGUACCGUACAAGUGCGGACCGCCUCUCUGCAGCGUGGACUGGGAGAGUCGCCUCGACGACCUUCGUCAGUACAACGACAAUCGCACCGGGCCGCUCUCCGCCUUCAACAACCUGCACCAGAACGUGUUCGCCAGGAGCUCGCUGGCCAAACCCGGCACGGGGCAGCAGCCGGACUUCCAGAUCAUGUUCCAGGGCAGAACUGUCACCGAAGCUGGCGUGUGCCUGGCGCGUGACUCUUGGCGCUCCAACAGGCUGGUGCCCAUAGUGUCCCUGAUACGGCCGCUCAGCGAGGGCUGGCUCCGCCUCAACGCGUCCAACCCGCGCGGCCAGCCUCUGGUCAAGCUCAGCUACUUCAGCGACGCCGCGGGGCACGACCUGGCCGUGACGGUGCAGGGGCUGCGGAUGGCGGUGCGGCUCCGGCACGCCCUCGCGCCGCUCGGCCUCACCCUGGACACCGAGGGACUCGACGCGUGCUUGGCGCUGGGAGACGUGGAGUCGGACGCGUUCCUGCGCUGCGUGGCGCGCGUCAACACGUCGACGUUGUGGCACUGGAGCGGCACCUGCCCGAUGGGCCGCGCACGCGAUGCCACUGCCGUGCUGGACUCGCGGCUGCGCGUGCGAGGCGUGAGAAGGCUGCGCGUCGCCGACGCGUCCGCCAUGCCGUUCAUCCCCAGCGGCAACACCAACAACCCUACCAUCAUGCUGGCCGAGCGGGCCGCCGACCUCAUCAAGCGGGACGCUGCCAUCUGCCGGGGGAUUCCGUGCAGAGGGGGUCAUUUCAGGUCCUUGGGGCCUUGCGCCUGAACUGAGGUUGAUUUGGUAGCUUGGGCCAUUCAAAUGUGUUUUAUUAAACGAGGACCAUGUCCUCAUGUGGAUAAGUCGAUCUAACUUUAGGGAUGAUUGUAAACACCAUCUUUUUAUCUUCAAAAUGCCGCAAACCAAUUGCAAAAAAGGUAAGAACUUCCGGAGAAAAAUGUCGCGCAGUG